AAGAAAAAAAAAAAAAAAAAGCAAAGAGACUCAAAAACAAAAAUAAAAACCCUUCUCUGUCCUCCAUUUUCACACCUCCUCUCACCUUUUUUUCUUUCUUUCUUUCUCUCUCUCUCUCUCUCUCUACAAAUGGAGAACUUUAGAUCUCGAUCGUGUAGAGAUGGUGGCGGAGGAGGAGGGAUGCAGAUGGAUGUUUACUACGGGAACAGAGCAGCUCCGACGAGUAUGCGCGAUCUGAGAUGCUAUAGCGCCAAUUACGCCGGCUCAUCGGCUCCGGCACCGGCAAACGAAGCGAAGAUCAAGAAAGUGAAAAGCGGUGUUGGUUCGACAUCGAAGAGCUGGAGCUUGAACGAUCCUGAGUUGCAGAGGAAGAAAAGAGUGGCUGGGUAUAAAGCUUACGCUGUUGAGGGAAAGAUGAAAGGCUCUUUUCGUAAAAGCUUCAGGUGGAUCAAAAGUACUUACACUCAAGUCAUCUAUGGCUGGCGCUGAUCAUUUCGGUAUUUUUAUUUUUUUUCUCAUUUUCUUUAAUUUGUUCUAUUAAUUAAUAUUUAUAUAGUAUAUAAUUAAUUAAUUAUAUAUAUAUUUAGCCUUCUACCUUCUGGGUCUGAGUUCUUCUAGUUCAUGGUUAAUUGUUAUGAACUGUUAAGUUCUAAUAAAUUUCUAUUGAAAAUCCUAUAUUAGUUGUUGUUGGAUCUUAAAGCUAAUCUGAACAAAUAAUGAUAAUAAUAAUAAUAAUAAUUAUAGCAAUUAUAUCA